AUGACACCGCAGCAGGUGGACGACUUGUUGACACAGCAGGGUUGGCUUGCACAAGAAGCACGUGGCACCGCCGCAGCGGAAGCAGCAGCAGCAACAGCAAGCCCGACAGCAUGGUUGCAGAGACAGCAGCAGCUGAUGAAAGAGCAGCAAACUGCUUUUCUGAUUCAGCAGGAGCAGCAGAGGAUGACUUUCAUGCUGCAACAGCAGAAAAACUUCGAGAUGCAGACGAAUGCUGUUAUGACCCAAGUAGGCCAGCAGCAGCCACUUCAGGAGGCCGUGACCGCCUCGGCCGCAAGCUUGCAUGGAAUGAUGGCUGCAGGGCCUGUGAGGGAUGCGAUGCUUGUGCAGCAGCAGCAGGCAGAGGCUUUUGAAGCACAGCAAGAGCAGCAGAGGCUGGAGGAGGAGAAGAGAGCAGAGGCAGCAGAGGAGCUCCGACUCGAGCAGGAGCGAAGGUUCCUCCAGGAACAGGAGGAGCUGCUGGCAGCUCAGGAGGAAGCAGACCGCUUCGAGCGGGAGAAUGCUUUGGAGAACCAGCGGCUGGCAGCUGAGCUCUACAAGGUGGAGAAGCAGGCCGAGGCACUACGGAUGGCGAUGAUCAACAGAAGCUCAGGGAGCAAAGCCAGUGCCAGAGCCCCGGCCCCUGUGACACGCCCUUUCCUCAUCCCUCCCAACUGGCCCAAAGACGCGAUGCCGACGGUGAGAGCAACCUUGCCGCCGACGCCGAAGGUCAGUACGAAGGUGACCCCGCCCACGAAAGCAAGUGAGCAAGCAUACAACAGCACCACCCAUCCAACCGAAUGGCACUUCCUCAACCGCUUGGUGAAGAGCAAAAAGGGCACCCUCGACGAGAUCAACAAAGCAUGGGAAGAGGGAGGGAUAAAGCGUGCACGGCUCCUUCGCGACUUCGUGGUAAAGGUUUAUACUCCGGCAGACGACCAUUCUGUGAACAAGGGCCGACUGGAGGCAUUGAUCAAGCUUCGACAAUCGACGAAAGAGUGGAAAAGGAACACUCAAGGAUUCGAGUGGUGCUCGGUCGAAGAUAUGAAGGCCAAAGGCUGGCCGGAGAACAAAGUUGAAGGCGCCAAAAAAUAUUGCUUGGCCAAGAAGCUUUACAAGACUUGUCCCUAUACGGGCGAAUACAAAUAUCUCGUGCUUGUCAGCGAUACCAUCACGCAAGGCCAAGAAAAGCUACGGGAACUUGAAGAACUUAUGGAAGAAGCUGGUUUCCUCAAUGAUCAGUUUCAACUCGGUUGUGGAGACACUUUCGAGAUCAGCGACGAAGAGUCGGUCCCUGAUUCGAAAGCUGCUGCACAAGGGAAAAAGGGAAGCAACAGAACAGCAGCAAAGGCAGCAGCCCUCCCGCUGAUUGUGGAAGGAGAGCAGGAUCUGGCUGGCUCUGUGGCGAAAUACAAAAAGGCCCUCUUGAACAAACGAACCGUGUUGAAGGAAGUCAAGGAUCGCUUGGAUGCGGAAAAAUGUGAGCUCAAUGACCUCUACAAGACGAUCUGCAAUCUGGAACUGGCAGAGACGAGACUUGGAAACACUUUAAAAUAA